GAAGCCGAAGAUACCUUACAUAAAAUUACCCAAGGAAACAAUAUCUUUUCUAUUUUCUUAGCUAAAUUCAAAAGGUUGCGUUAUAAGGUAAAAGUAAAUACUUGGCCAAAAUUAAUAAAGAUCUUACUACUUCAACGAGCUCUCAAUAACUAA